AUGGAUACAUCGAUAGCAAUAAAGGGAAGGAACUUUGCAGUCAUUGCCACAGACAUGAAAGUUGCAAGGUCUGUGUUUGUUAUCAAAGAAUCACAAGAUAAGUUCGUCAGCAUCAAAGAAAAAGUUGUGAUAUCAGCCACCGGAGACCAAGGAGAUGCAUUCAGAGCAAUGCUGUCUAUUUCUGAGGAGGCACUCUUCCAAAGCAUCCAGAACGAGAUUGAGCCAAGUCCUAGCGUUGUUGCUCAUAUAAUGCAGAACAAAAUCCAUGAAAACUCCCGAAAGGCUCCUCUCAAUGUGUCGUCCAUAAUUGCAGGAAAAGGCCCCAAUGGGUACGAAUUGUGGUCCAUCGAUAAAUACGGAGCAAUGUCGCCCGUGCCGUUCUGUGCAAAUGGAUAUGCAAUGUAUCUCGCAUAUGGUAUCUUCGACAAGGAGUAUUUGGAGUCCCUGGACAUCGAAGAAGCGCUGGAAAUCAUUCAAAAAUGUAUCAAUUUAAUAAGAGAAAGACUCAUGAUCAACUUGGAAAGCUUCAUGAUCAAAAUAGUCACUGAUGAUGGAAUAAUCACCAAAAUUUUGCAUCCUCAAAUAAAAAGCAAUUAG